AUGCAGUCAAGAACCAGCUCUUUCAUGUCGUCGCUUAGGUCCGUGUACUUGAGGACCAAGGAGUCCCUUCAAACUCCCGAUAUAGAGCUAUGGGGCUUCCAUAGCUACAAGCUUGUUGGUGAGGGUCAAGGCAGGGCCGAAACUCGCUGGUACUCGCGGAUUGCGAAAAAGACAUGGUCCAUUAUUGGACUGACAUUUCUGUUUCUUCUUGCAUGUUGGGGAGUCUUCAGAUAUUCACCCUUGCAGAAAGAUCCCUAUGAACCAUAUGACAGGCUUGAAAUACGUGCUUGUCAUCACCCCGUAGCACAACUUGUUGUGAAUGCGCGGAGAGCGUUCAACAGGACACUGGAGCACCAAUCUAGCACAUUGGAGGAGGCCGUGGCAGAAUACCAACGGAGAUACCAGAUGCCUCCACCUCCUCAUUUCGACGAGUGGUAUCGCUUUGCCACGGAGCGCUCAACGGUCCUCAUCGAUGAAUUUGAUACGAUAUACCAUUCCAUUCUGCCAUUCUGGGGUCUCUCGCCAAGUGUGAUACGGGAUCGAGUGCGAGAAGAUGUGGGUCCCGUAAACGAGACUUUUGUCAUGGGGCUAACUGUGCGAAACGGCACAAUCGACACUUUUGGGAAGCAUCAAGGUGAUUUUCAAGAGCCUGGGACAAGAAAAAUCAUCGAAAAAUUCCAGCAGUGGCUGCCGGCUUUGACUUUACAGUUCAAUGCCCAUGAUGAGCCACGAGUGGUGCUCGCUCAUGAGCAGCUCAAUCAACUGGUGAAAGAGGGACGCACGGCGCAAUCACGACUUCGUGCCAGAGCAACAAGCUUAUCAAACACGUUCUCACCCGGGGACUUGGAGAGUCCGUCGCGUCCAGUGCCUGGUCCUUAUAGCCGAUGGAAUAGCUUUGUCCGGCAAGAGACGUGGCUCUUGUCGCGGCUGUCGUGUCCGCCAGAGACGGCGGCAAUGAGUUUGGACGGCAACGCUUCGGACAACACGGCUGCAUACGCUCUGAAUUCAUUGGGAUUUAUCUUCAAUCAGUCGGCCGCGAGUGACGUCUGCAACACGCCCUCUCUGAGGCACCGUCUCGGCUUAUUCCAACGUCCAAAUGCAUUCAGUGUGUCCAAUGAGCUCACUCCAAUGUUUUCAAUGUCUCAUCCGUCCACAUUUCAAGACAUUCCUGUUCCGUCUCCAUAUUAUUAUGAGGAUAAGUCAAAGUUUGAUCCGGAUACCGCAGUGACCUGGGAGGAGAAGAAGCCUCAGUUGUACUGGCGUGGACGAACCAAUGGGGGCCAUAGCUUCAAGGGAAGCUGGCGCCAACUCCAGCGCCAGAGGAUCGUUGGCAAUCUGACCCAUCCUCAAUCGGCCCGUCAUGUCUUGUCUCUCAAGUCGGGCUCGAGAUGUACAUCUAGACGCAAGGCGCAAUGGGAGAUUCAGCAAGCGAACGAAACCAGGACACCAGGAUAUUUCGAUAUCCACUUUACCGAUAUCGCGGACUGCGAUGAUGAUUGCGACGAGGAAAUGGCAUUCUUCAACGACGUGGUCGAACCUGAGCCGCAGGAAAGGGCAUGGAAUUAUCGGUACUUGCUGGAUCUCGAUGGUCACGCGUACAGUGGGAGAUUCUACGCCUUUCUACGCAGCAAGAGUGUCCCCUUCAAGAUCACCUCCUUCCGAGAAUGGGAUCAGAAUAUCCUGUUUCCCUGGGUUCACUAUGUGCCUGUGAAUAUGGGGGUCCGAGAAGUUCCCGAGCUGAUUCGCUUCUUCGAGGAGAAUGAGGCUGGCCGGGAAAUUGCGAAGACCAUAGGUGAAGAUGGUCAGACUUGGGCGGCUCGGGCCCUUCGAAAGGAUGACAUGGAGGUUUACAUGUUUCGGCUUCUUCUGGAGUAUGCCCGCGUACAAGAUGACAACAGAGAGAGUCUCGGAUACGUGUUGCCGAAGCAGUGA